AUGGAACUUGGAAAAAAACUAUAUACCCUCAGUAAACUUUUGGUUAGAUAUAAAACGGUGCCAGCUAAGAUGAAGGUUGAUAAAAUGGCACCUAUAAUACAGUGUUACGAUGAGCUUGCUCAUGUAAAAGCAGCAGAGUACCUCGGUAGUGGGCGAGUGAUUGCUGUCCCCACGGAUACUAUCUACGGCCUGGCGUGCAGUGCCAACUGCCCCACGGCCAUACAAAGACUGUACAGUAUCAAAGGCAGAGAUUCAGCCAAGCCUGUAGCUAUUUGUGUCACAUCUGUACAAGACCUAAGAAAGUGGGGUGAGGCUUCUCAUUUGUCUGAUGAGUUGCUGCACAGCCUGCUCCCUGGCCCUGUCACCCUGGUGCUGGAGAGGACUAAGCAUCUUGAUAACCCAUUCCUAAACCCAGUUUCAACCAAGAUUGGAAUCAGGAUACCUAACCACAACUUCAUGAAUCAAGUGACCAAGUUAUUUGAUGGCCCAGUUGCCCUGACUAGUGCCAAUUUCAGUAAUGAGCCUUCAACAUUGUCAAUAAAGGAAUUUAAACAUUUGUAUGGACAUUUAGGGGCAGUGUUUGAUGGGGGACUUUUGAGCCAGGGUUUGGAACAGAACCGGACCGGCUCCACAGUGGUUGACUUGGCUCUAGCAGGUCAAUACAAUAUUAUAAGAAGGGGUAUUUCUUAUAACAGCAUUGUUGGUAUCUUAGAUAGACAUGGACUUAAAAGUGCUAGUAGUUAAGUAAGCUUCCUGCGUAUUUAUACAUUAUUAUGUUUACUGUGAUAAAUAAAACAUAAUCUAAAAUAUU